CUAGACUUGAGGUAUGCAAUUUAAAAAAAAAUAAUAAUAAUAAUAAUUUUUGUACUUUACAGUGAAGUUUAUGCAUUAGAUUCUGAAGAUGAGGAGGAUGUGGUCAUGUUGACCUCACCGGUUUAUUCUAACAAUGAAAUUGAUGAUGACGUUACUGCUGCUGACAUCAUCAGAACAUUUCAGAGGGAAAAUCUUAAUUUGGAAGAAAGGGUGAUUGUAGUGGCCAGAAGAAGGAAAAUUCUGCAUAGUGCGUGUACUGCACUGAAAACUAGCUACUUUGCAUGGCACAAAUCCCCACAAAUCGAAUUUGUAGGUGAAAGUGCUGAUGACUAUGGGGGACCUAGCAGAGAAUUUUUCAGGCUUUUGAUGCAGGAAGUGCAGUCAUCAUUUGGAGUUUUUGAGGGGAAAACAGGCCAGAUGUUUUUCAACUAUGACCAAGUAGCUGUGGAGAUGAAGCGGUAUUACACAGCGGGAAAGCUAAUUGCUUGGUCUCUCAUGCAUGGUGGAUCAGGUUUCAAAGCACUAGAUAGCACAUUAUUCAAACUAAUGUGUGGCCAAGCAGAUUCUGCAGAAGAAUUUGACUGGCAUAACCUGCCAGAUGGCGAAAUUCAGGAUAAAGUGCGACAGGUAUUUUUUUGUCAGACCCAAGAAGAUGUAGAUGGAAUAGUGUCAAGCCUUGGAGACUGGAUUGCUGACUGUGGUGUCCCUGGAAUUUACAAUGCAGCACCUAAGGAUAUGAGACGGAUCUAUGGUCAGGUGAUCAAACACUACAUUUACUUCAGAACAGCAGACAUGAUUGCACAAUUUAAAGAUGGCAUGAACUCCUGUGGCAACCUGUGGCAGAUUGUUGAAAGAAACUGGAAGGUCUUCCUUCCCUUGUUUACGAAUGAGCAAAAAGAACUAGCCAGAGAUGAAUUUAGAGCCCUGUUCAAAAUUUGCUGGAGUGAGGAGGGAAGCAACCUCAGAGAACGGGAGGAGGAUACAAUCUUUUGCUGGGAGCUCCUGCUGAAUUCAAUUCAGGAAAAACAAUCAACAAUCACCUUUAAGGAGAUGCUGGUAUUUAUUACCGGUGCAGACAGCAUUCCCCCAUUGGGCUUCCCCGGAGAACCGAGAAUUGAGUUUUACACCCAAGAAAAUCGCCGGCUGCCAUUUGCGUCAACUUGUGGGAUGGUGCUCUUUUUGCCUCGAGGCAUCCAAGAAGAGGAGGAAUUGACUGACCUGCUUAACACAGCACUUAAAGGGUACCUUGGAUUUGGAAAAAUCUAAUUUAGUCAAAUAUUAAUUAAAAGGAUAGUUGACCCUAAAACAAAAUUUCUGUCAUUAAUUUCUCACCCUCAUGUCGUUCCAAACCCGUAAACGUUUUGUUCAUCUUAGAUCAUAAAACUAAUCCAUAUGAAUUGAGAGGUUUAAUCGCUUUACACGAUGAACAAAUUGAAUUUAGGCUUUUAUUCACAUAUAAACAUUCAUCAACUCACACAUCAGUUGUGGUAAACAAGCUUACGCUUAUCAUAAAUGAUGUGUGUUGAUGAAUGUUUAAAAUGAAUGAAAGACUAAAUUAAAUCUGUUCAUGAUGUAAAGAGACCAAGUCUCUUAAGAAUAUUUUGGACUAAAACGCUUAAUUCAUAUGGAUUAGUUUUACGAUCUAUUUAUGAACAUCAAAGUGGUAAAUGUGUAGCUGUCAAGGGAGGGACAGAAAUCUCUCACAUUUC